AUGAAUAUUCUGCGCAUUAUAUAUUCGAAAGCAACUCAUGCCAUCGAGGAGAAAUGUGAGUGUGCCACAGAUGCUGAGGCAGAGACUGAAAACACAGAAGCAUUGACGACCCCCUGGACCUCAACUCCCUUCAGAAGCAAAUCUCCAUCUCAAGCAAAUAAAACCAUUGCGCUUUCGCUUGCCGAGUCAUUCGAAGAACUGAGACUAGAGUCUGCUAUCAAAGCUCCGCGCUGCAACUCGCCUGCACGUAUAGCGGCCAAAUUCAUCAAUUCGCUCAAUGAGUUGGCUUUAGCUGGUGCGGUAUGCUCUUUGCAUGACGCCAAUGCAACGCUUUUGUGCUAUGUGGGGCAAGUUACAACGCCGCUUUCGAAUAGUGGACUUCGUCAUCCUUGUUCGAUUUUUUCAGAUGUUCGCGUCACAUAA